CUCUCCGGUUCCUCGUUCACACACUGCGUCUUGGCGUUGAACUCUCUUGACUCCGCGGUUCUUUGGACGACACCGUGGGAGCGCUCUAAUUGGCGGCUGUAAAAGAGAAAGGAAGCCAUCUACCCGAGGUUUCAUUGAGAGAGAGCCAGACAGAAAAGUUUGGCACACCCGCAAGAACAAUUUUACGUCUUUUAUUUCCGUGCGUAAAAUCUGCGUAAAAAUCAGAGCCACAAUGUCCGGAUUCAACAAGGGACCCGCGUACGGCUUAUCUGCUGAAGUCAAGAAUAAGAUUGCACAGAAGUAUGACCCCCAGGCAGAGGAGGAGCUGAGGAACUGGAUAGAGGGGGUAACUGGGUGCCCCAUUGGUCCAGACUUCCAGAAAGGCCUGAAGAGUGGAGUGAUCCUUUGCAAACUCAUCAAUGAACUCCAGCCAAACUCUGUGAAGAAGAUCAACACAUCAGGGAUCAACUGGCUUCAGUUGGAGAACGUCAACAACUUCCUGGCGGCCAUCAAAGCGUAUGGCCUGAAGACCCACGACACGUUUGAGGCCAGCGACCUGUUCGACAACACCAACCUGACCCAAGUGCAGACCACCCUCCUCGCCCUCGCCAGCAUGGCCAAGACCAAGGGCCACUCUCAUGUGGAGAUUGGAGUGAAGUACGCAGACAAACAGGAGAGGAUGUUCGAUGAGGAGAAGAUGAAGGCAGGACAGUGUGUCAUUGGACUUCAGAUGGGCACCAACAAGUGUGCCAGCCAGGCAGGAAUGAGCGCAUACGGCACCCGGCGGCACCUGUACGACCCUAAAGCACCUGUCCAGACGCCCAUGGACAAUACCACCAUCAGCCUGCAGAUGGGCACCAACAAGGGGGCCAGCCAGUCUGGCAUGACCGCUCCGGGUACGAGACGCGCCAUCUAUGACCAGAAACUGAACACGGAGCACUGUGACAACACCACCAUGUCCCUGCAGAUGGGCUACAGCCAGGGGGCCAACCAGAGCGGCCAGAACUUUGGCUUGGGGCGCCAGAUCUAUGAUGCAAAAUACUGCCCCAAAGCCCAGGCAUCCAACGGGGAGCAGAAUGGAGCGGGUGGAGACCAGGACUACAGCGCCGAGUACCAGGACCAGGGAUACCAUGAGGAGUACAGCCACGCUGAGACUGAGUACUGAGAGAGGAGAAGUUAAAGUUAAAGAGAGUUAAAGGGCCCAUACUAUGCAAUUUUAUGACCUAUGUUAUUACACUGUUUCUUCAUCAAAAACAUACCUGGAGUUGUGUUUUGUUUCAUUCACACAUCAUUUUAAUCCUGGAAUUUCCAAUCUCUACUGAACAAAAGUAGCUGUUAACUUGAAGACUACCACUCGAUGUCAUCACAUGGUUAAACUGAGCAUUUUGAGCUUUGCCGUAGACAGACUAAUAAAGGAGUUCCCAAAACAAAACAAAAAACAACUCCAGAUAUGUUUUUUUUAAUGAGGUAACAACAUUCUAACAUGGCUUAAAGCUUAAAGAGUUAAUUUUGCGUAAUAUCUGACCUUUUAAGGGAGGGAGAGAGUUGAGAAGGAACGCCAAAACAACCUCAUGGCGAGCGUUUUAUUUUUAUAUCUAGAGCGUGGCAGAACAGAUGUGUGGAGAGCCCCAAAAGUCUGGCGAAAUCUGUUUGUAAUUGGUGGUUUCUUGAUGAUAAUGUCAUUCUUUUUAAGUGGGAGAUGUAUUGAAAAAUGAAUGAUAUUGUAAUUAGACAUUGAGAAUAGUGUCUAUAUUUAAAACUAUUAAACACAACCUCAAAAAGAGUCUAGUGAAUACUCCCAAACUAUGGUAUUUAGUGAAAUUUCAGCACUUUCAUGGUAAAUUCUAUGGUUCAUUCAUGUUGUGUGCGAAACUCAAUUAAGACAUUUACAGGCACAUUCCUGAUACAUUGUAAAAGCUGACCUAUCACGCUUGUGUCUGCUGUGUAGUUAUAAUCUAUGAUACCCGUGGAUUGUUUUGUUAUAAUUUGCACGUUUUUCAAUCACAAUAUUCAUCUCAAACGCCUUAAGAAAAGAAACAAAUUUGGCGUAAACAUCAUCAUCACAACAAAGACACCCAUGCUUCCACAGGACAAUUCUCCACAUGAUACAAAACUGGACACAACAGCUUCAGUUUCAUUAGCGAGAUGCACACGGAUUGUAAUGUGAUCGCAUCUGAAGGGGGAGUGACUCAGUGCAUCAAAAACAAAAUUGAAACUUGUAUAUAACACGUUUUCAGUGAAUAUAGCAUUUUCAAAACAAUCAAAGGUAACAUGGUGAUCUAAAUAUGUUACGUGUUAGCAGAAGCACAAGUGUAGUGCCUCUAGUCCACUUACCAAGCAGUUUUUUCUGGACUUGUGGGGCUCUGCUGUUGCCUAUUGUACUAUUGUAGUAUUUUUAUGAAUCGUGUCUUACCCCUAUUGCGCGAGAACGAUGUUACACAUAUCAAAAUGAACUGUAUUCUGUGAUUUUUGUAUUUAAAAGGACCACAGUAGCCAAUCUUCGGCUUAGCUCGGAAUGUUUAUGUGCCAAAUCUUCAGCUUGUAGUAAUAAUUAUUCAGUAAGGGAGAUUUCUGAGGGGAUGGAGAAAACAAACAUAUCUGUAUUCUUUUGUAGUAUUUUAAGCAAUCAUUUUAUACUUCUCUUUUGAAUGUACUUUUGUGUAGUGUUUAAACUGGCAUUGUUCAGUAUUGGCUUUUAAUACUUGGUUAAAAUAAGGGAACAAAAUGCCUUUUCUUUCAUUCAUUUCAUGUUUUAUUAUUAGCGGAAAUAGUUUCUUGUUUGCUUAAGCUGUCCGACUGGAGCGGGAUUGUUUUGGUUGGAUUUAGACCCAUAAGAAGUAACUGAAGUGAAGUUGAGAACAUUCCUUGUGUAAAAUGACUGGAUUCUUUUGUGAAUGAAUAAUGUUUAGUAAAAGUGAUGAUCAAAUCUAGUGGAAUAUGCAAACCAUUCCUGCAAGUGUUUUUGAUUUCCGAUGAUUAUUUAAGCAUAUUUGUGAUUUUAAUGGUGUUUUAUACUUUGGAACCUUCAGCGUUGGACCAAUCUGUUUCCUCUGGAGUCAUCUUUGUACUAAUAGAAAAAAAAAACAAUUGUAUAAUAAAAGAUUUUGAAAAUAC